CAAAGAGAGCGGCCACACUCUGCAGGAGAGGAAGGACGUAGAAGUCCAGCUGUACAGUCAGAACAAAGGCAAACAAUCAAGGCAAAGGAAUGAGCAAGAAUCAGAAAGAAGUGAAGAAAAUCCAGUCAGUGUAUCUGCAGAACUUGGAAAAACUAAACCAGGGGAUAAAGCCAGACAGGAAAAGUUGGAAACCAAAGGAAGGAGACUUUGCUGUGCAAACAGCGAUGGAAAAGCUGCGACAGCCUCCCAUAGCUGGACAAGUAACCAAAAGCUCAGCUCACAGAAUCAGCAGAGACCUGACCUGUUCCAUCUGCUUGGAUCUUUUUAAGCAGCCGGUGUCCUUGCCUUGCGAUCACACCUUCUGCCAAGGGUGCAUUGAGGGUUACUGGACCGGUCCCAGGGGCCCCGGGCAGGGAGGCACAGGCUCCUGUCCUCAGUGCAGGAAGGUGUACCCUGGGCAGAGCUACAGACCCAACCGCAUUGUUGCCAACAUAGUGGAAAGUUACUGUCAGGGUCUGGAGGAGAGCGGGACUGGAGCCCGCCUUGCAGAUGUUGGGGUGCCAGAGAGGGUCCCUGCUCCGGUCCCACGCUGCAGCAGACACAGAGAGGAGCUGAAGCUGUAUUGUGAGGAGGACCAGGAGCUGGUUUGUCUGGUGUGUGGUGUCUCCCAGGAGCACAGAAAUCAUACCAUGAUGUGUGUGCAGGAGGCUGAACAGAAGUACAGGGCGUCUCUGAACAGCUCCAUGGAUUCCCUCAAAGCUGAGCUCAACAUAGCACUGCAGUGUGACAGAGAAGCUGAGGACGAGGUUAAAAAACUCAAGGAGCACACCGCCGACCUCAAGCAACGCAUUGAGGCCCAAUUCAGCGACCUGCACCAGUUCCUGUACCAGGAGGAGAAGCUGCUGCAGGUGAAGCUGAAGACGGAGGAGCGGAGAGAGCUGAUUCGCCUAGACGAGCACAAGGCCCUGCUGUGUGUGGAGAUCUCCCGUCUGCAGAGAGCCGUCCACGAGAUAGAGGACAAGCUGAAAGAGCAGGACCCGUUCACUCUGCUGCGAAGCAUCAAAGUCCUGCUCCAGAGGCCGUCACUGAAGUUUGAGAAACCUGCAUUCACACCGCCUAGUCUGUGUGAGGGUCGGUUUGCAGGGCCCCUGCAGUACAGAGUGUGGAAAUCCAUGAAAGGAAGCAUUUACCCAGUUCCAGCAGCCAUCACAUUUAACUCCAGCACCGCCAACCCUUGGCUCAGCCUGACCUCCUCCCUCACCUGUGUUCGCUACCAGACCUUUAACCACACCGUGCAGGACAACCCCUACAGGUUCAACGCUGCCCUGUCACUGCUCGGAAGCCAGGGCUUCACCCAUGGACGCCAUUACUGGGAGAUUGAAGUCUACAGCAGCACAGUGUGGACUGUGGGGGUGGCUCGAGAGUCAGUGCCCAGAAAGGGAGUCAUCAAAGCCCUCCCAGCCAACGGCUUCUGGACUCUCUCCCUCUCUUAUGGGAUACAGUACAUGGCUGGCACUUCCCCUCCAACUGUCCUGUCCCUGGAGGAGCCACUGGCCAGGAUCGGGGUGUAUCUGGACUACAAGAGGGGCCUGGUGUCCUUUUAUAAUGCGGAGAGCAUGACACAUCUCUACACCUUCAGGGAGAACUUCACUGAGACCCUUUACCCUUACUUCAACUUGGGGUUCCUGGAUAAAGUGCACGAAAAUGAGCCUCUCAAAGUUUUCUUACCAAAGAUUUAACAAAGUGGAGAAAAUAGUAACAGGGUAGGAAGUCACAAAAAGUUACCAAACAAGCAUGAAACCAAAGUGCAUAUCAACAAAAGCGAAAACAUAGCCGACUUUACAGUGUACAGUUAGAUACAACUAUUUGUGCAAUAAACAGUUGAUAUUAGACCUCUCUAAUAGAAACUCAUUUAUCUUAGGAAACUUUUUUGUACCACAUUGUUCAGUGCUUAGACUCGAUCUACUGCCACACAUUUCAUUUCAGAGAAGCUGUGCUUCAGUGAAGAAUGCGAAACUGUCUGGUUACCUGACUGAGAUUUAAUGUUAUGUACUAUUAUUGUUAUUUUUAUAAUUCAAUAAUCUUUCUUUGUGCAUGAUACCUAUAAGAAUACAUUCAUAUAAACAAUCAUUUAACACUGUGAACUUCUAUUUUGAAAAAAAAAAAGGACAUUUUUGUUAUUUUGUGUCAUAUGAUACUAAUUCUGUAUUUGGUGCCUUCAGGUGCUUUGAGAAAUGUCUUUUGAUUAGAGCUGAUAGAAGAAGGGGUAAUAAGACAAAUAAAAUUAACUUGAGUUUUUUAGGUAAUUUUCUGAGGCAAACGAAUGGUUCAAAAUUUGGAUAUUUACUUUGUAUUUGCUGUGAUAGAUGAAUUGAUGCAUUUGUUAAUAUAAAGCCUGAUGCUUAUUCAGUGGCAUGUAGUAUAGCACAAAAUUUUAUGGGUAAGAUUUUAAUAAAAGCAUUUCUUUA